AACCUCAACCGAGCUGAUGGAAGCCAAUGGACCUACCUUGACUAAAGACCUCUGGGCCUGUCCACUGAGGAACUAAAGGCCCUGGAAGCUGUGCCUUCUCCCCUUUCACCUUUCCCUGUCUUUUCCUUCGCUGUGUCGUCCCCUGGCUCCACAACAUGAUCCCAGCCUGGUGCGGCUCCCUGAGUUUCCUUCUCCAGCUUUCUAACCAUCCGAGGUGGAAUUGCUACGGAAGUUCUCGCUGGCGAGUUCUCCUUGUUUGGCUCUUGGUACUUUGUUUGCCUGGCGGCGCUCACCUGGUUACUUUCAAGGUGGGCGUGGUUGGGCCGUGGAAGUGUGACACCGUCUAUGCCCAGUCCUUCCCAGAGGUGGCAGCUAAGCUGGCUGUUACCCGCAUCAACAAAGACCCGAGUAUGAAUCAGUUUUACUGGUUCGAUUACAUUCUCCUCAACGAAGACUGCCAGACGGCUCAGGCCUUGGUGGGCUUUGUGAAUGCGGAACGCUCCGCCUCCGGCUUCAUAGGCCCGGUCAACCCCGGGAUCUGUGAGGCAGCGGGCUGGUUGGGACGAGCUUGGAACAAACCCGUCUUCUCCUGGUCUUGCUUGAGUGACAAUGCCGCAGUAGAUCGUUACGGCACCUUUAUCCGGGCGGUACCACAGAGCUCAGCUGUGAUCUACACGGUGCUGAAGUACUUCCAGUGGGCUCACGUUGCCAUCGUAAGCUCUGAACAGGACUUCUGGGUGGAGAUAGCCUACGCCCUGGCUCACGCACUGCGCGGCUUUGGCCUCCCCGUUGGUGUGUUGACCACGAUGGAGGACGAACCCGACGGAGCACUGGACACUCUCUGCAAGAUACGAAGGGCUCACGAUAUACGAGUGAUCAUCAUGUGCAUGCAUUCUGCUCUGCUGGGCGGCCGUCAGGAAAAAGUCUUGCUGGAGAAGGCCGAAGAGCUGAGUAUGAUCGAUGGGACCUACGUUUUCCUCCCCUAUGAUGCCCUGACUUACAGCAUGCCCUACGAGGAGCCCUACCCCAUACUGGACGAGAACAGCAAACUGCGACUGGCGUACGACGCCGUGCUCACCGUCACCAUCGACUCCCCAGAAGUCCCCUUCAGAAAGGCCAUUCGGGAAGCCCAAGAGAAGGGGGAAAUCCCCACCCACAUCAACACCGAGGAGGUGCACCCCCUGUUCGGUACCAUCUUCAACUCUAUCUACUUCCUGGCCAAGGCAGUGGACAGUGCUCAACGGUCUGGGAAGUGGGUGAUGGGCGCCACCAUCGCCGAAAAGGCCAAGGACUUCCAUCUCGAAGGCUUCAGCCAGACGCUUGCGGCCAACGAACAUGGAGACGCCGUGCUCCCCUACGUCAUCCUGGACACUGACGGCAGGGGCAACCGCCUUUGGCCCACCUACAGCGUGGAUCUGGCCGCUCGUACCCUGCGCCAUUUUGGGCAUACUGUCCAUUGGCCUCACAGUUCAAUGCCGAACACUGACUCUAGCUGCUGGUUUGAUUCCCUUGCCAUCUGCACUGGGGGGGUGGAUGCCAGUUACAUUGUCCUCCUAUUCGUUUUGGUCAUAUUCUUGGUCAUGUUUGGGAUUUUCCUCAGUUUCUAUAUCAGGCGCUACAUCCAACAUGCCCAGCUCAUGAAAGGACCCAAUAAGAUGAUUCUCACCAUGGACGACUUGACCUUCAUUAACAUGCAGAGCAGCAAGAAGAAAGUGGAUGACAGCCAUUCUAGUCUUGCUGGAAGGAGCAAUUCGGACAUGAAAAGUCUCAAGAGCGUGACAGCAAAUGCGGAUAACAGCAACGUUGCCGUGGCUGAGGCCGAGGAGAAGCAAAAAGUUGGCAGCCACGUUCCUUUGCUCCUCCUUUUGUUUAACAGCCAAGGCAUUGUAGCUGCCGUCCAGGGUGACUGGGUGUGGCUCAAGAAAUUCCCAGGAGAUAAGCACACCGAAAUCAGACCUGCCACCAAAACAGUGUUUUGCAAGCUCCGGGACUUGCGGCAUGAAAAUGUCAACCUUUUCUUGGGCUUCUUCCACGACUGCGGGAUCUUUGCCAUUGUCUCGGAGCACUGCUCACGCGGAAGCCUUGAGGAUCUCAUCUACAACGAGGACAUGAAGUUGGAUUGGAUGUUCAAGUCGUCUUUGCUGCUGGACCUUAUCAAGGGGAUGAAAUACCUGCACCACAGAGAAGUAGUACACGGGCGGCUGAAGUCUCGGAACUGUGUGGUGGACGGCCGCUUUGUCCUGAAGGUCACAGACCACGGCUACAACCAGCUGCUGGAGUCACAGCGGAUCCCUCGGGACAGGCCAAAAGCUGAGGAUCGGUUCUGGACAGCCCCAGAAAUGCUGCGGGAUUCAUCGCUAGAACGGAGAGGCACAUUACGGGGAGACGUCUACAGCAUCUCAAUAAUUAUGCAGGAAGUCAUCUGCCGCGCAGCUCCCUACUGCAUGCUGGAUAUGACUCCUGAAGAGAUCAUCCAGAAGGUGGAGAGGCCACCGCCGCUUUGCCGGCCCUCCGUUUCGGUGGACCAGGCUCCCAUGGAGUGCAUACAGCUGAUGAAGCAGUGCUGGAGUGAGCAGCCGGAAAGGCGGCCGAACAUUGAUCAGAUUUUUGACCAGUUUAAGAGCAUCAACAAGGGUCGGAAGACAAACAUCAUCGACUCCAUGCUACGCAUGUUAGAACAGUACUCCAGCAACUUGGAGGAUUUAAUCCGGGAGAGGACAGAAGAGUUGGAGAUUGAGAAGCAGAAAACGGACAGGCUACUGACGCAAAUGCUUCCCCCGUCAGUCGCGGAGGCCCUGAAGACGGGAGCACCGGUGGAGCCUGAGUAUUUUGAAGAAGUGACCCUGUACUUCAGCGACAUUGUGGGCUUCACCACCAUUUCCGCCAUGAGCGAACCCAUUGAGGUGGUUGACCUCCUGAACGACCUUUACACCCUCUUUGAUGCCAUCAUCGGCUCCCACGACGUUUAUAAGGUGGAGACCAUUGGCGACGCCUACAUGGUGGCAUCGGGACUUCCCAAACGCAACGAGAACCGGCACGCGGCUGAGAUCGCCAACAUGUCACUGGACAUCCUCAGCGCUGUCGGGACCUUCAGAAUGCGCCACAUGCCAGAGCUGCCCGUACGGAUUCGCAUCGGCCUGCACUCGGGGCCUUGCGUGGCUGGCGUGGUGGGGCUGACGAUGCCACGAUAUUGUCUGUUUGGGGAUACCGUCAACACAGCCUCUCGAAUGGAGUCCACAGGCCUGCCUUAUCGAAUCCACGUCAACAUACGUACAGUACAGCUCCUGCAAUCGCUCAGAGAAGGCUUCAAACUGGAGAUCCGGGGCAAAACAGAACUCAAGGGGAAAGGCGUGGAAGACACCUAUUGGCUGACAGGCCGAGAGGGAUUUCAUAAGCCCAUACCGAUGCCUCCUGACUUGCUAGGAGGGGUAAGCAGCCACGGUAUCAACAUGGCGGAGAUUCCAGACGACCGGAAGAAGAAGUUGCAGAAAGCACGUCCGGGGCAAGCCAUCUAGCCUGAGAGGGGCUGCGCAACAUGAGGCCAGGGUGAAAUGGAGUGAAACCAACAGCUGAUUCCCGGUGGCCUGCUGGAGCUUUCUGACCAACCCUGACGAAGCCCUUCAUGCACGGAGGAGGCAAGCGGACAGGAGGGACUCUGUGGAAGGAGGACGGAUCAGGGCCGGUGUU